AUGGGUAAUGCUUGUUCUUGUCAGUGCUAAACCAAAGGGAUGGACGAAGUGGAACUCAAUACUAAUCAAAAACAAUUAAGCUAAUAAAAACCUAAUGCUAAAAUAGAUGUGGGUCAACAUUAGGAGAAUGAUGGAAAAGAAAAAAACGGGGCGCAUCUUAAGGAUGAAGACGUUGCUUAAAUGGCAGGAGCAAGAAACAAUUCAAUAGAAGACAGUUCUUCUCCAAAAUUAAUGAAAAGGGAAAAUGACGAUAACAAACCAGAGGAAUAAUAUGUGUCAUUAGUUUAAUCAACGAAAGGAAAAUUUACUAGGAUGAAGCUGAGUGCAAUAGAAAUGAAAAAUGGAGGAGUUUAUGAAGGGGAAUGGAAAAAUUGUUUGAGAGACGGUUAAGGGAAAUACGUUUGGCCCGAUAGAAGUUUUUAUGAAGGAGAGUGGGUCGAAGACAAAGCAAAUGGAUUUGGAAAGCUAGUGCAUGUGGAUGGCGAUAUAUAUGAAGGUUAAUGGUUGGAUGACAUGGCAAACGGUCGUGGAGUUUAUAUUCAUAGUGGCGGAGCCAGAUAUGAAGGAGACUGGAAGAACGAUUUAUAGCAUGGCCAAGGAGUGGAGGUUUGGCCAGAUGGAGCUAAAUAUGAAGGUAGAUAUGAAAAUGGAAAGAAACAUGGUCAAGGCACUCUCACAUUUGCUGAUGGUAGCUACUACAAAGGAGAUUUCGUUGAGAAUGACAUCACUGGAUAUGGAGAAUAUUAUUGGAAAGAUGGUAAGUCAUACAAAGGUUAAUGGAAUAAUAGUAAGAUGAAUGGAAAGGGUAUCACUCAAUGGGCAGACGGGAAACGAUAUGAUGGAGAUUACAAGGAUGAUAAAAAACAUGGUUUCGGGAUUUUCUAAUGGGAAAAUGGAAGAAAGUAUGAGGGACAUUGGAUUAAUGGCAAAUAACAUGGAAAAGGAAUGAUUACUUUACCCAAUAGUGAGAAAAAAGAGGGAUUGUGGGAAAAUGGUAAAAGAGUCAAAUGGAUAAACAUAGAUGAAUCUCCAAAUAAUUGA